CAAACUCCCACGGCUGCUUCUUGUAAUAGCAGACCACAAACUAAACCAAGUGGUCUUAUUUGUAGCAACUUCUUUUUCUUCACCUUUUAACUUGGCAUGUAACUGAGCAAAUUCCUUUCUUUGAUCUUCUAACAUAAUAGUUGAUUCCUUUUUUUGAUCUUCCAAAUUUGCUUCUACAACUUGCACUUCAGUAUUCAACGUAUGGCUCGGCCUAACAUUUUCAAGUUUAGUUCAUUGCAGAGGAGUUGGGGUCACAUGGCUAAUUCCCUUUGGGUGAUAGUGAUACCUUCUAUUUGGAUGAAUAUUUUUACCAUUUAAAGAAGUUACACUAGUUUGGAGCCAAUAACAAGUGACAAAAUUUAAGCAAAAAAAAAAAAAGUAGUUACAGUGACGCAUUAAGAAUGCCGUUUGUAUAACACAAACGCACUCAAGGCAUCUCAUGUCUCUAUGUCUCCAUCUAUGUGACAUGAUUCCACUCCUAAACCCAAAAACCCGGUCCAAUCAGAUUCAUCCCUUUAAAUCAGCACCGAACCGGAUUGACUGCACCGGACCGGACCUUGUCUUCUGUAAAUUAGCAUUAAACAAUUCUCACACUUCCCAUCAUCUCUAACAACCGAGGCACCGACCACAUAACUCAUUGUAUCGAAAAACAGAGAGUCCUCUCACUUUGACAAUUUCUUUUUCUUUCAAUUUAUAAGCAACAACAACAAAAUAAAACUCAAAUUUUCAAGAGAGAAAGAGAGAGUUAAUGGCGUUAGCGAAUAACUUAACGGCCAUACUGAACUUACUAGCGCUACUCUGUUCCAUACCGAUAACGGCGUCAGGAAUAUGGCUCGCCUCAAAGCCCGACAACGAGUGUGUCAAUCUCCUCCGUUGGCCUGUCGUCGUCCUCGGCGUUCUCAUCCUCGUCGUCUCUGCUUGCGGCUUCAUCGGCGCUUACCAGUACAAGGAGACUCUGCUUGCUGUCUACUUGUGCUGUAUGGCAAUACUGAUCGGACUUUUGCUGGUGGUUUUGAUAUUCGCUUUCGUCGUGACCCGACCCGACGGGUCGUAUCAAGUUCCGGGUCGAGGUUAUAAAGAGUACAGGCUCGAAGGGUUCUCGAAUUGGCUUAGAGAGAACGUUGUGUAUUCAAAGAACUGGCGGAAGAUAAGGGCUUGUUUGGCUGAUUCAAACGUUUGUCCUAAACUCAGCCAACAGUUCAUUACAGCUGAUCAGUUCUUCUCUUCCUCUUCCAUCACUCCUCUUCAGUCCGGUUGCUGCAAACCGCCGACCGCGUGUGGCUACAACUUCGUGAACCCGACACUGUGGCAAAACCCAACCAACAUGGCUGCAGAUGCAGACUGUUACCUAUGGAACAACGACCAAAGCCAGCUUUGUUACAAUUGCAACUCAUGCAAAGCUGGUCUUUUGGGAAACCUUAGAAAAGAUUGGCGUAAAGCAAAUCUCAUACUUAUCAUCACUGUCGUUGUUCUUAUUUGGGUCUACGUUAUUGCGUGUAGUGCGUUUAGGAAUGCUCAGACCGAGGACCUCUUCCGCAAAUACAAACAGGGUUGGGUCUAAAGUGUAUAGAUUUGUUUGUAGUUGUUGACAUGGAAGUAUUUUCGAAAAUAGCUUGUAAUAUUAUUACUUGUGUUUGGAAAGGGUUUUUUCUUUUGCAUGGAUUUUUAUGUUUAUGUUACAUUGCUUGUGAGUUGUGAAGAAAGAAAAUAUUAAAUAGGAUCCCUAAUCUACGUAUUGAU